AUGAAAACAGUUUCUAAUCAUCCUCAGAAGUGCCUUGGGAGAGAGCCAUCGGAGGCCAGGGGACAAGUGAAAAGUUCAGUCAAAAGCCAAGACCAGCUUCUCCCCAGCCGGCCAUGCAGGAGGGAGGCCGAGAUGGCAGAUGAGAUCGCUAAGGCUCAGGCCGCCCGGCCUGGUGGGAACACAAUCUUCAGGAAGAUCAUUCAUAAGGAAAUCCCAGCCAGAAUCAUUUAUGAGGAUGACCAGUGUCUUGCUUUCCACGACAUUUGCCCUCGAGCACCAACACAUUUUCUGGUGAUACCCAAGAAACAUAUAUCCCAGAUUUCUUCGGCAGAAGAUGACGAUGAAAGUCUUCUUGGACAUUUAAUGAUUUUUGGCAAGAAAUGUGCUGCUGAUCUGGGCCUGAAGAAGCGUUAUCGAGUGGUGGUGAAUGAAGGUUCAGAUGGGGGACGGUCUGUCUGUCAUGUUCAUCUCCGUGUUCUUAGAGGUUGGCGGAUGAAUUGGCCGCCUGGGUAA